AUGAAAGACAGAGAAGUCGGCAGAAGUCGGCAGAAGUCGGCAGAAGUCGGCAGAAGUCGGCAGAAGUCGGCAGAAGUCGGCAGAAGUCGGCAGAAGUCGGCAGAAGUCGGCAGAAGUCGGCAGAAGUCGGCAGAAGUCGGCAGAAGUCGGCAGAAGUCGGGCCGAGUGUUCUUGCUGAAGAGCGCGAUUCUGGGCUCCUGUCCAGAAGCGCUCAAGACUUUCCGGACAGAGGAAGUGUUUCCCUGUGAAAAUGGCACAGAGUAUCUCCAUCAGAAGGAGAGCUUCAUCAUCACGCUUGGCUACUCCCGUCGCUUUCCCCUGAGGCAGGAGUCUGGGGCUGCCUCUGCGCUCCUGGUGGCCUGGAGCAGGAGAUCCCUGGCGGCCCACGACCCCCCGCACAGAGUGACUUUGUACCAGCUGGAGCCGAGCGGCCUGGUGCCCUUGUGCAACGACACCGCACACGCGCCGCGCUACCUCUUCACCGGCCUGCAGGGGUGCGGGAGCUACGUGGCGUGUGUGGAGAGGGCGCGCGGCCCCUCCCUCCUGUGCCUCGGCACGCUCACCGAUCCCGACGUGCCCGCAAACUUCCGGGUGACGGCGUGGGACAGCAGCAGCCUGACGGUGGGGUGGGACUAUCCCCCGAGCGACCGGCUGGCCUCCUUCCUGGUCACCGUCUUCCACACGAACGGCUCCGGCCACGUCCUGGAGGAGAGGAGGUACAGGCAGGAGCCCGACCGGCGCGGGUUCACGGUGGGGCCUCUGUCGCCCUGCAGCAGGGUGCGGCUGGGCCUGCAGGCCGAGUGCCGGGGUCCGGGCCCCGCCCACCCCAGCACCAUGGCCCUCAGCGACGGAAACUCUGGCGAGCCGGUCGUCCAGCAGGGCAGGCUUCAGGGCCCCCCCCUGUCUCUGAAGGGCCUGAGGCCUGGUGCCCUGUAUGACCUGGAGGUGGUGCCAGAGUGCCCAGGGGGUGCAGAGCAGGGCGCCACAGCUGUGCUGCAGUUCACCACAGAAGAAGUCCCCGGCGACGCCCCCAGAAAUUCCCCCGGAGCCCAAUCCAGUGGCACCACCAGCGAACGCUCUGCAGGCCCAACCACAGAGCGGCUCGGACUGCAGGUCCGUCUUGCGGACCACAGGAUGUUCCUUGUUGUGCCGUGGACAAUUCCGUCACCGCUGAAAGAUCCAGCUGCAGAGUCUCGGGUCCUGCUGGAGGGCGUUAUUAAACACCAGCUGCAGAGCUUGCUGAGGAAAUCCUGGCCGAGAGCCGAGGUGCAGCUGAUCUCGUUUGAAGACUAUGAAAAGAAAACGAAAACCAAAAUCGCUUUUGAAAGCUUCGACGUUUCGAGCCAGAAUGGGGUGGUGAGCCUGCUCCCAAAGGAGCAACUGCAGUACUUUACCUCGCUCAACCACCCCAACAUCACGGUCACUGAGGAGGUCUUGUACUGGCAGGACCCUGACGAGUGUGUCGACUCUGCCCUGAAUGAGUGUGGCUCACACUCCCUCUGCAUCAACACCCUGGACUCCUUCACCUGCGUGUGUCAGCCGGGUUACUAUGACCUCAGCCCCUUCCUCACCCCAGCCUGCCACGAAACGGGGAUGUUCUCGCGCUGCCAGACGGGCGACGUCUCGGGCGCCGUCUCAAAGCCUUUCCUCCUCCGGCACUUUGGCGGGAAUGUGACCACUGUUCUCAAUGACGGCCGCUGCCCACUCCAAGAGACGGACAAGUUGUAUUACUACAGGAUGACUAGCGCCCCCUCCCUGUGCGGAGGGGAAACGCUGCUAGCUGUGAAGGCAACUCAUGUGUCUCUGAGGAACACUAUGACCGUGACCCUGAGCAGUGGAAGCUCCAUCACGCGGAGGGACCUGAAGGUGCUGUGGACCUGUGCCUACCCCCUGCUCCACACCUCCACCGCCCACACCCAGCCUGGCCUGGCAUGGUUCUCCUCUCACAGCGUCGUGCAGGCCAGCUCCUCGCGCCUCCUGCAGCUCAGCAUGGGCCUGUACAGCGACGCCUCCUACGCCUCCUCCCACGCCUACGCCGGCCCCGUGGAGCUGCCCCUCUCCGCGCGCCUGCACAUCCAGGUGACCCUGCACUCCCAGGACAGCCUGGCCUUCCAAAUGAGCCUGGAGCUGGAGGCCUGCUGGGCCACGGAGACCACCGACCCGCUGGAGGAGAGGAGGGCCUUUUACCUGAAGGAAGGGAUGGCUGGCCUCAGAGGAGAAGGUUUUCGAUUCAGAUGUUCACCAUGUCUGACCACGCCCACGUCUACCUCCACUGCCUCACCCGCAUAUGCAGCCCGGACGAGGACUGCACCACGAACUGCAGCGAAGGCCGAAAGGUGAGAAGAGAUCUACCAGACACACUGACGGCCAUCGUUUCAGCAGGGCCCAUCUCUGCCGCAACAGAGGAACUCUCAAAUUGGACUGCUGCCCUGAUCAUACUCUCUGUGGGUGGAGGACUGAUUGGCCUCUUUGUUCUGACUGCACUGGGUGUGCGUGCUGCACAGGUCCUAGCACAGCCAUAGACAAUAAAGAUCCAUGUACACCUGCACUGUGCCCUUAUUCUGUUAUUGUACAAAAAGCACUGU